CACUUCUUUUUGUUAAUCCUAGAAAAGUACCUGGGCCACUUUAGCUCCUCCUGUUAUUAACCAUUAUCUUUGCACCCUGAGAUCGGAGAAAAAGUGAGCGCGACAUAACUCUGGACGUGCGGGAUCGCCCUCGGGAACGCGCAAAGGUGCGCGCACUGAGAGUCCCGCAAAAGGCGCGCCUCGGGCUUUCUUUAUACUGGACGCCUAUGCAAGUUAAGUGCGCGCGAUUUUCUCGCCGAGUUCCUGGGGUCAUGGCGCUGAAUCCAACGUGGACUAAGCUGCUCCUUCUUGCGCUGUUAUCUCCGCAGUGCCUCUGCUUAACAGUUUACAUCCAGACCCGGCAACCUCUGCACGUGAUUCCGGGUAGUAGCCUGGUGCUGAAGGCCCAGAUUUCCAAGAAGACUGGAGAGCAGAUGACAAAAGUGAUGUGGGAGCGAGAUGCAGAGAACCGGGCGGGUCUCGCAAAGGUCCUGGUGGCGGUAUUCCCAGGUCAGAACGCAGACCCGCGCAUGAGCGUGGAUGACGGGGGGGCGACGCUGAUCGUGAAGGACUUCAGGGUGGAGGACUGCGGCGUUUACACCAUCUCAGUGAUGAACCAGACCAAUGUGCUACACAGCGCCAGCUGCCUCGUGAGAGAGUACAAAGCCGUGAGCCAGGUGUCCACGUCGAUCAACACAUCCCACCCCUCCCUACACUGUGAGGCCUCAGGCACAGACCCCCAUUUCAGCUGGCUACAUGAAGAGCAGACGGUCCCGAGGGAGAUGGGGUACCUGUCGGCCGACAGUCGGAUGCUCUACCUGUCUUCUGAGCCAUGUGGUCACUUUACUUGUGUCGUCAGUAACAGUAUUGGGAAGGACUCAGCCAGCUUUAUGGCAGAGCCCUGUAAGAGGCACAGAAGCAGCACACCUGCGGUCACCAUCUCCCUCACUGUCCUUCUCAGCAGUGUUGGCAUCUUCACUUACUACAUGUGGAGGAGACGCAGCAGACUGAGUAUCAGAGCGGAGAGGCUGCAUGAAGAGCAUCUGUGAGGAACCCCGAACUUUCCUGUCACUGGCAAACAUCCUGGAACGGCAGGAAGCUCAUGGCUUUCUUUGGGAGUGUUUUUGUUCCUCUCGGCACUGACCUAUAUGCAAAUGCAUGAGGGGAAACUCCCCCCCCCCCCCCAACUUCAUUCCAUGAAUUUUCCACCUAAUGCAGUAGUAAUUCUUUGUAAUAUAGCUGUGUUUUGUGCAGUGGCCCCAUACAGAGUAUAAAUGCUGCCUUUCCUGCUUUAAUAUGUAUUAAAUCUUUCUGUUUCAGUACCACAUUGCCAUAAAAUGCAUCAGGUUUAAUGCAUUUCUGAAAGAGAAAUUGAGUGGUGAUGAAUGGGCUGUGGAUUGGGCUGUGCAGGGAACCAAUAGAAAGCGUCCUUAUUACUCCAGUAAACUUGCUCCAGAUUGGUUAGAAUUUAUUUUGAGUGGAGCCUUUAUGUAAGAUAAUAAAUACCUGAAGGAU